AUGGCUCCCCCCAACGUCUCCUCGCUUAUCCAGCACAUUGAACGCAACCAGAACCUUACUGAUGCGCAAUCGCAAAGCACGUCUUUAUCCCAGAAUCACGGAAUCUCGCGAUCACAUACACAUCCCCCAGUCGUUAUCAAAGCCGGAAGUGCUUCUCCAGCAACGACCAAUCGCGACAUGUUACGACACAGCUCUGCUUCCGCAGAAAUGACAACCCAUUCUCUAGUCCACACAUCUGUCCCUACAUCAGAGCAUUCCUACCACUCUGAACUGACCAGGAUAGAAGAAGAGGAAACGGAGAAAGCCACCCAGCAUCAAGAUGGCGAGCAUCCCAUCUCAAACCAAGCAUUGGCUACAUCAACCAGCUCCUCAGACAAGAUCUCGCCGGGCAUCCGAACCAGAAACACUUCUCCGGGUAGAUAUGCAGCAAAAACGGCACCAGCCAGUCUCUCAUCGCACACCCGCGAUAUCGUCCCCGGCGCAACACCAUCCUCAUACUCGACCCCAGCCACUCCAUGUCCUCAUCCCGUGGAAUCCAAAACCCCCAGCCCACCACAAACCCCGCUCCAAGCCUCAGAAAACCCCAACAACAGUGUCAAGUCAUCACCCCAGCACACCCAUCCCGCGUCCACCUCACCCUCACUGCACCUCCUCUCAACAACCUCACUCCCACACGACCCCCGCCCCGACACAGAACUCUCGUAUUUGAAACCCGUGAGCCCGAGUCCCUUCAGCACGCCCUACGGGAUACCCAAUACGCAGCCCUACGCCCCGCAUCUCCACUGCAUUCCCGGCAGCAAGCUUGAAACCAUGCUGAGACGCACGCGGUGGGGCAGCAAGGAAAAGAAGGCUGCUACGGACGAAGCCUCCACUUCGAGUCUAGCAUCACCGGCCGACGACGGCGUGCCCGAACGCAAGGGAGCUGGGCCGGUGAAGAAGAAGAAGAGGCGUAGGCGCAGGGGGAGGCCGGGCGAAGACGAGGCGAGUAUCGAGGGAAGUAGUAGUGAGAGUGAAAGUGGAAGUGGAAGUAGUAGUAAUAGCAGUGGUAAGCUAGAACUCGGAAGAAAAACCAGACCGAGGAAGAAGAUUGUGAGGAAACGAGGGAGAAACAUACCAACAGGAAGCGAAGAAAGGAGGACGAGGAGGUUACGACACCACCACCACCAUCAUCAUCACCAAUACCACAACCACGACUACAACCACCAGCGGCAAAAGCAACACCACCACUCCAAGAACAACAAGAACAAGAAGAAGAAAAGCAGGACAUGUAAAUGGUACAAACUCCCCUUUUGCAAAUGCUGCAAAUGGAGCGUCAUACCCGUCCCAAGCACCUCCACCACCUCGAUCUGGAAAUCCGCAACGCUAGAAUACGCACGCCGCUCCUCCUUUGCAGAUACAAAGUUUCCCGUUCUCUCAUCUCCGCCGUCGGCAUCGACUUUCAGCCACGGGAACGGGUUGGCUAGGAGUGAUGCCGUGGCGGGGUUUAGAAAUCGCGGGCGUGGUCGGCAUGGACGUGCCGGACGUGCGUGUGCUGGACAUGGGCGUGCAGCAGCAGCAGCAGCAGCGUCGGCGGCGUCGGCGUCUCCGGUUGGUAGGGCUUGCGAGAGUGCCACUGCUACUGCUACUGCUGCUGCGGUCGUGUAUCCUGGUCAGAAGGAGGAGGAGGAUGACGACAAGAAGGAGAGGUGGUGGCGCCGCCGCCGUCGGCUUUGGGGUAGCAAAGAUGUCUGA